UGUCAGGAAGUCUUCUCAAUACACGCCUAAUGGUGUCAUAAAUCUAAAUAUUUCAUUUGCUCAAAGUAGGGAACUAAAUCUUUCAAGGCGAUCGAUACAUCUAAAUAAACUGACACCUCUAAUAACAGGUCAAAAAGGAAAACUAUUCGACGUGUUCCUUCUAUAAGGACUGGUUGCGAAGCACGUAUGUGUGUAAAGGUAAACGCUUCGAAACUAUACGAGGUAUAUUCUUUCAAGGAUGAUCAUAAUCACUAUUUUGUUACUGAGUACGAUAGGCAUUUACUCCUCUCUAACCGAGGUAUGAACUAUAUGCAAGAGCAACCCGUUAACGCGUUGAGUGCCUUGAAUAUUGGACCCGUCAAAGCGUUUAAUAUCAUGUGGACACUCUAUGGUGGCUUUGACAAGGUUGGGGCAGCCAAAACCGAUUUUAAAUAUUUUAAGCGAGAUCUGAACAAGUAUAUAUCUGAGUUUGACGCUGAAAUGAUGAUUAAACAGCUAUUGAGGAAGAAACAGUGCAUGCCAAACUUUUCAAUAGAGUAUAUAAUCACAGAAGAUGGUUUAAGGGCGUUGUUUUGGGCUGAUGAGGAUGCCAAGAGGAAUUUUUCGGUGUUUGGUGCCGUUUCAUUUAAUGCGACAUAUCGGCGUAACAAGUACAAAAUGAUGUUUGUACCAUUUACUGGUAUCGACGACCACCAUCUUAACGUUACUCUUGGUGCUGCUAUAAUAGGCAACGAAACGGCUGAAACUUAUAGUUGGUUGCUUAAGGUGUUUCGUGAAGCAUUUGGUCGUGCCCCUCCAGUGAUUGUUACCGACCAAGACCCAGCCAUGAAGAAGGCUAUUCAAGAUACAUGGACUGAGAGUAGGCAUAGGUUAUGCAUGUGGCACAUUAUGGACAAGCUUACUGCUAAGGUUGGUGCUACAAUCUGCAAUAGUACAGAUUUCAAAAAGAGGUUGUGUGCCAUUAUGUGGACCGAUUCAAUUCUUCCCGAGCAGUUUGAAAGUGGUUGGGCUACCAUGAUUUUAACUUUGUUGAUCAUGAGUGGGUGUAGUCAAUUUAUCAGAUCAGGAUACUUAGAUACCGGCUUAUUAUCGCGAGGAGUACAUGUUCGGGCUUAUACGUACCUCGUCUUGUUCAGAGAGUUAGAACCAUUUAUUUAGACAGUUUUGUAACCCGGAGGGUACUCUUGUCGAAUUUCUGGGGCAUUUUGAUUCUGCUAUUGAAGCUCAAAGACAUGAGCACAGGAAGAAUCACCAUCACACCAGAAACACGAGCGCUGACAUAUGGGCGGUAGACUUUGUUUUGGAGGAUCAAGUGGCCAGUAUAUACACACGCACUAUAUUUUUUGUUUUUGACAUCCAGCUGGAGAUACAAAAUGGUAUACACAGACGUGCUAUCGGAAAGUGGGAAACGAUGUGUGACUUCGUUAACUUUUUUGUGAAGGACUGGGAACGACCAUGCACUACUUUCUUCGAGGUUAUGAUGCGGGAGAACGACAUGAUUGUGUACUGUACAUGCAAAAGAUUGGAACAGUUUGGGUUGUUGUGCUUACACAUCUUUUGUGUGCUUAGGAUGCUUGAUGUUAAGGAGUUUUCGCAACGUUAUAUUUUACGACGUUGGACUCAGGAGGUUGUUCCCAAUAGUGCCCCUGGUGCUAUUCUAGGUAUGAACGAGAGUGAUGAUCGUUACAAUGAAGUUGUUAGUGCAAUAUGUCUGUAGCUUUCGUCUGUAUCGAGUCUGUAUUUUGUCUUGUAUGUGUCUGACAAGGUGUGACCCGAAUCGGUCAACCCG